UGCCUUUGGUGCUAUCCGGAAACAGAGAUGUAUGAAGUGCGUUUUUUUGUCAACUUAUGACUGGAGUGCAGUGGUGGGGGAUGUUCAGUCAUCGGUGAGCAGUGCUAUAAUUGCCAUUCGUACCUACUGCUUCCUGAGACACCACAAUUGCCGAGUUUAAAGUUUGAUACUCGCAAAUAUUUUCUGACAUUAUAUUAUACCCUCGCAUAUUGUUAAUUACUACCAUCUUCGCCGGAAUCCGUGUGGGAGAGAAGAGAAGAGAGAUUCUUCGAGAUCUGGAACCAACAUGGGACACCAUCAGAGACGGGCUGCUUCUAAAUUUGCUUUAUUCUAAGCAGUGCUCGUAAGUCUCUGGAUGGUUGUCUCCGAUUCUUCUUCUUCAUCGUCUGCACUCUCGUGGACAAUCUACUACGAAUGGCGUGCAUGGAAGGUGGUUUCUGAAAUAAGGGGAAGUUGGUUUCUUUUGUUGGAGGAAAGUUUUGAUUGAAGCGUGGAAUCGACCGAGGUUUCUCCUCCUUUGCGGCGCUCAAAAAGCAUUUACUGAGAGAAUCACAGAGCCUACAAGCCUUCAAUUCCCUCGCCAAAAAGAGGAAAGAGGGCUGCUAACACUGUUUGAUCUAUUACUCCAUUUUAAGGACUAAUCAUAAAUGAAGGAAGUUGAGAAGAACUUGGAUCCGCAACUAUGGCACGCGUGCGCCGGAAGUAUGGUUCAAAUGCCUCCGGUGAACUCCAGAGUCUUUUACUUUCCUCAAGGCCAUGCUGAGCACGCUCAGGCCAACCUUAAUUUCCCCCCUUCCUUAAGGAUUCCACCGCUCAUGCUUUGUCGUGUGGUAUCUGUGAAAUUCUUGGCCGACCCAGAAACUGAUGAAGUUUUUGCUAAGAUAAGGUUGGUUCCUGCGAGAAAUUCCGAGCUCGAUUACGAUGACGAUGGGGUUACGGACUGUAAUGGAUCGGAGAAUUCAGAAAAACCAGCAUCUUUUGCCAAGACACUGACCCAAUCUGAUGCGAACAAUGGUGGGGGCUUCUCUGUUCCAAGGUACUGCGCAGAAACUGUCUUCCCACGGCUGGAUUACUCUGCCGAACCACCCGUGCAAACCGUGGCUGCCAAGGACGUUCAUGGCGAAACUUGGAAUUUCAGACAUAUAUACCGGGGAACACCCCGUAGGCACUUACUAACCACCGGGUGGAGCACUUUCGUGAACCAAAAGAAACUUGUUGCGGGGGAUUCUAUUGUUUUUUUGAGGGCCGAAAACAGCGAACUCUGUGUCGGAAUUCGCCGAGCAAAACGUGGUGGUUUUGGCAGCCGGAUGCCAACGCUGUCAUCCGGAUGGCGCGGUGGUGCUGGGAGUGGUGUGGGGCCUUGUGGGGGCUUCUCUUAUUUCCUGAGAGAGGAAAACAACUUACUGCCUAAUGCUUGUGGGAAUUCAAGCCCUGGAAGAGCUAAAGUGAGGCCUGAAUCUGUGAUGGAAGCUAUGACACUGGCUGCAAAUGGUCAGGCAUUUGAAGUAGUUUAUUAUCCUCGAACUAGUACUCCAGAAUUUUGUAUUAAGGCUGCAUCUGUGAGGGCUGCAAUGAGAACUCAAUGGUGUUGUGGCAUGAGGUUCAAGAUGGCCUUUGAGACUGAGGAUUCUUCUAGAAUUAGCUGGUUUAUGGGGACCAUUGCUUCUGUUCAGGUUGUUGAUCCUGUGCGUUGGCCCAACUCCCCAUGGCGACUUCUUCAGGUUAAUUGGGAUGAGCCGGAUUUGCUGCAGAAUGUGAAGUGUGUUAGCCCAUGGUUGAUAGAAUUGGUAUCAAACAUGCCAGUCAUUCAUUUCACACCUUUUUCUGCACCAAGGAAGAAGCUGCGGCUUCCACAGCACUCAGGGUUCCCGCUUGGUGGUCAAUUCCCAAUACCGACAUUUUCAGGCAACCCGCUUGGGCCUAGCAGCCCCUCGUGUUGUCUAUCUGGUAAUGCUCCUGCAGGCAUACAGGGAGCCAGGCAUGCUCAAUUUGGAAUAUCUCUUUCAGAUCUCCACCUUAACAAUAAACUGCAGUUGGGGUUGCUUCCAACUAACAUCCAACAACUUGAUGUACAUCCUGGGAUGUCCAACGGCAAGAUAGCCAACAAUGGCGAGAACAGCCAAAACUUGUCUUGCUUGCUGACAAUGGGAAAUACUUGUAAGAGUUUGGAGAAAUCUGAUAAUGUUAAGAGACACCAGUUUUUGCUUUUUGGUCAACCAAUACUCACUGAGCAACAAAUUUCUCAUAGCUGUUCUAAUGAUAAGUUGUCUCAGAAUGUUACUGAAAAAGAUUUGCCAGAGGAAAAUAAUGACAAAACAAAGUGCAAAUUUAGUGAUUCACAAUGUGGUCUUUCUCAGCAGCUUUCACCUGGAAAAUCUUCUAAUGUUGAGUAUUCUUGGCAACUAGGCUUGGGUAAUGGCCAUUGCAAGGUUUUCAUGGAAUCUGAGGAUGUGGGGCGGCCCCUUGACCUAUCGCGACUUGGUUCUUAUGAAGAGCUGUACAGAAGACUGGCCAAUAUGUUUGGAAUUGAAAGAUCUACAAUGUUGCGCCAUGUGCUCUAUUAUGAUGCAUCAGGUGCUGUAAAGCGAACUGGACUAGAACCCUUCAGGUAUCUUGUGUUGCUUUUUCUCACGCAGUUUCUACUUUCAAUCAUCAUCUUAUCUUUUUCACCGAGAACAUUAACCUGUCUCUGUCAUGAAUAUCUAGCUUGUAUAUUUCAGUCAUAUAUUUAUUGUGUUUCUGUUUAUCUGGGAGCGCCCUGCAGUGACUUCAUGAAAACAGCAAAAAAAUUGACAAUUCUGACCGAUUCAGGUAGCAAAGAGUUUUAAAAUUCUAAGGUGAGAGCUUGCUAUACCUUCAUAUUCCAAGUCAUCGUUUCGAUCUUGUGGGAUCUAAUUUCUUCUUCAUGUCUGUGGUAUGAUCUGCUUGACGUUUUUAUGCCCUAUCUAACCGGUGACCAAUAAGGGUUUUUCUUUUCUUUUUCUUUUUCUCUUUUUGGGAAUUGGAACUGUUUUUCUGGGUGACUCAAUCUGUUUUACGGGAAUCCACAUGGAACAGGUGCGUCAAACGAAAUCAAAGAGGUACUCCCAGCGUUUGCGCUUGACGUGGUGUGGCAUGAGGUGUGAGCAGAAGGUGAAGGGCAUAGAUUUUGAAGUGGCUGAAUAUGAACUGAAUCUUCUAUCAACGUUGGCAUCUUCGUUUUCUUCGUCAAGUCUACAUGUUCCAAUAGUAGUAGUGCCCAUAUCAUGUAAAUUAACUAUUGUCUGCAAUGUUAUAAUUAUUAUCAUCACCAUUUCUGCGAAGCCCUUUUACUUUGGGAACGGAUUCCACCCAGUGCCAUGUGAUUAGCGAGGACUCAUUCUAUCUGCAUAAAAGACCAUGUGUUCAGAAGUUUGUAGUAGGAUGAAUUUGAUUGAAAAGAUUUGGAAGUUAUUGGCAAUUUUAUUUUUGGAUUAAGAUAUAAUUUUGCUUUUAAAUUAUUCAUCAUGGUAAUAUCUAUCUUAAACUAAUUAAAUUAGAGUAAUGUUGCAUCUA